AUGGACUUCAGCUCACUAAAUCCAGCGACAUCAAAUGCCUUAAACUUGGCUGCUAGAAUCAAUGAUGUUAAAAAUGUUGAGCGUCUACUACAGAAAAUAAAUCCGAACUGCGUAGAUAACAGAGGGUGGACAUGCCUUCACGAAGCGGCUUAUCAUGACAGCUAUGACAGCCUUUUACUUAUUUUAAAGAAUCCUCGAUGUAGACGCUCUGCUGAGACUCAUGAGGGUCACACUGCACUCUACUUGGCUUGUAAAAAUAAUUGUUCACUGAAGACUGUCAAAGCAAUAUUAAACUCUGUACAUGAUAUUGCAAAUUAUGGCAGCACAGAGGGAGUGACACCUCUACACAUAGCCAGUAGUCAAGGAAAUGUGGAGUUAAUAGAAUUAUUAAUAGAAUAUGGGGCUAUUAUGGAUGUGCAAGACUUUGAUGGAGACACUCCCUUACAUGAUGCAGUUCUAGCCAUGCAGAAUGAAGCAGUGCUUACUCUGGUGUAUGCUGGGGCUGAUCCACAGAUACAGAAUGAUUCAGGUGGUUACACACCAUUCCAUUUAGCUUGCUGCAGAGGAAAUUUCCCUGCAAUAAAAACACUAUUUCCAUUUAUGAGUAAUAUAAACCAACAGACUUCUUCAGGAGAUUCACCAUUAACAUUGUCUGUUCAAGGAUUGAAUGAUGAUGUUGUUUAUUUUUUAUUGGAGCAUGGAGCGGAUCCUCUCAUAGAGAACAAGAAUGAAGAAAGGGCUGUAGACAUUGCUUUGAACAUUGCAACAAGUCCAAAAGUGUUCAAAUUAUUACUGUCUAUAACAGAUAAAUGUGUGCUAAACAGGAAAAUAAUAUACAAUGCUUGUAAACCACAUAUAUUUAACUGUGAAAUAUUAGAAACUUUAUUGACCAGUGAUUUAGGUCCAGAAUUCUAUUGUUAUUAUGAGCCAUAUGACCAAAAAUUAGAUAUUUAUAAUAAGCAAAAGUCUAUUUAUAAGACACAUGCUCCAUUAAACGCAUAUCUGAAUAUAUGUGAAUACAUUUAUAAGAAGUAUCCGAACAAGUUUCGAAAGUUCUUCUAUUUGUUAUUGAUGAAAGGAAUGGAUGUUAAUGCUCCCGACGUUAGUGUGUGUCCGCCAUUAGUGCAUGCACAUCUUGUAACUACAUCAAGCUUCCGUGAAGUUUUCACAAUACUAGUGGAGCAGGGAUGUAACGUGGAUUACAACAGUACAUUAGGAUGGUCAACAAACUACCGCUAUCCUGAUGCAUUUUACACAUCACUGACUUUCCUUCCACUUACAUUACCCAUGUUACUGAAAUACAGUAUUAUUUGUGAGCCUGCAGAUAUACUAGAACAGGUACGGUUGAAAGGGGAAUUGAGUUUAAUACCACCACAAGUACGAAAGGAGCUCUUACAUAUGAUAAACAAAAAGAAGACAGUGUUAAAAGUGCAGGCUCUUCCAUUUCAUAUAUACUCAUUGAAACAUAUAUCAAGACUUAAAAUCAGGGAAACAAUCAGAAAUAUUGAAGGAGGAAUUACAUCAACACAACAGUUCUUUUCGAUAUUAGAUAGCUUGCCUCUUCCUAAGGUAAUGAAAAACUACAUUAGAUAUUGUGAAUGA